ACUUCCACACUUCACUUACAAGCAAAUAGCAAUCAUCAUGGCACCCUUACAUUUCGAAGCCAUCUUUAUAUUUAUUUUUAUGAUUCAAAUUUUCUCUCUUAUCUCAACUCAUCCCCUUGACUCUCUUACUCCAUUUGAAAUCAACCGAGUCCAAACCAAAAUUUUACAAAUCUACCCUCCUCCCACUAACACUCUAUCCUUCCAUUACAUGGGCUUAGAUGAUCCACCAAAGCCCACCAAUGAAAAAUGGAUGAUUACUACAACACGAACCGCCUACGUGGUGCUUCGUGUAAACAGAACCACCCAUGAAAUCACCCUAGACUUAACCAAAUCCUCUAAAAACAACCCCAAAAUUAUAACCAAUAAAGUUUACCAUGGUAAUGGAUACCCAAUGCUAACUUCCCUAGAGCAAAACAAAGCAAACAAGCUUGCACAAGGGUACGGCCCGUUUACAAGGUCGAUUAGCAAGAGGGGGCUUAAAAUAGAUGAAAUAGUGUGCUUAGGCUUUAGUGUUGGGUGGUAUGGAGAGAAGAAGAAGAAGAAGAAGAAGAAGAAUGAAGGGAGGAUAGUAAAGGUGAUGUGCUUUACUAUGGACGGUACUAUCAACUUUUACAUGAGACCAAUUGAAGGUGUAACUGUGACCGUUGAUUUGGAUGAGAUGAAAGUGGUAGGAUUCAAAGAUAGAAUAGUGGUCCGUGUACCUAAAGGAGAAGGGACUGAUUAUAGAGAGACCAUGCAAAAUAGAUCCUCUACUCAUCAUCUUCCUACCAAAGGUGUCAUAAUGACUCAACCAAAUGGACCAAGUUUUAAUGUUGAUGGUCACGUUGUGAGGUGGACAAAUUGGGAGUUUCAUGUAUCCUUUGACGCAAGAGUAGGACUAAUCCUAUCAACAGCAUCAAUUUACGAUCAUGAAAAGGGAGAGCGCAGACACAUACUCUACAGAGGGUUUACGUCGGAGGUGUUUGUGCCAUACAUGGACAUUACUGAAGAGUGGUACCAUCGUACUUACUUUGAUGCUGGUGAAUAUGGCCUUGGUGUUUUGUCUGUGCCUCUUCAGCCCAAGAUUGAUUGUCCACAAAACGCUGUUUUUAUGGAUGGUUAUUUAACUAGUCAUGAUGGCAACCCUAUUAGGAUGCCUAACGUCUUUUGCAUUUUUGAGCGUUACGCUGGGAUUAUAAUGUGGCGACAUACAGAAGCUAGUAUUCCUCAUCGACUAAUAACAGAGUCGUCUAGACCGGAGCUCACAUUAGUGGUGAGAAUGAUAUCAACAAUUGGCAACUACGACUAUAUAUUUGAUUGGGAAUUCUUUCAGAGUGGUUCCAUCAAGGUUAAGGUGGGAAUGACGGGUCUAUUAGAAGUCAAGGGAACCAAAUACACCCACAAAGACCAAAUCCAAGAAGAAAUUUAUGGUACAUUGUUGGCACCUAACACAAUUGGUACAUUCCAUGAUCAUUUCAUCACAUUCCAUCUUGAUCUAGACGUGGAUGGUCAAGAUAAUUCCUUCAUCAAGUCCUAUCUUGAAAUGACAGCCGUUAAAAACAAAUCCUCUCCUAGGAAGAGCUAUUGGACGGUCAAGAGCGAGACAGCUAAGAAAGAGUCUGAUGCACGAAUUCAUUUGGGAUCAAAACCAACGGCUGAGAUGUUAGUUGUGAAUCCAAGCAAGCGUACAAAAGUAGGGAAUACAGUAGGUUAUCGUCUGAUCCCUGGACCGGCAGUGAGGCCGUUAUUAAUGGAGGAUGAUUAUCCUGAGAUUCGAGCAGCGUAUACAAAGUACAAUGUGUUGAUCACACCAUAUAAUAAAUCUGAGAAAUGGGCUAGUGGUUUAUUUACUGAUCAAAGUCAUGGUGAUGAUACAUUAUUGGAGACAUGGACCCUAAGAGAUAGGGAGAUAGAAAAUAAGGACAUUGUGUUAUGGUACACAAUGGGUAUCCAUCAUGUUACUUACCAAGAAGAUUUUCCACUGAUGCCAACAGUUAGUACCGGAUUCGAGCUUCGUCCCGCCAAUUUCUUUGAGACUAACCCUGUAUUGUCCUUGUCCAUCAAGUCGCCUAAUGAUAUUAAGUGGAUCAAUUGCUCAACGACGAUCAAGUAAUCCCUACUAUGUACUUAAUUUGUUUAUUAAGGCUACUUGCCUGACAUGAAAUUCAUUUUCUUAUUGAGUGCCAAAUUCAACUUAUCUCAUUUAUUUGCUCACCUCUAUACUCAUGUAUUGAACCUUGGCAAAUUUAAACUAUACCUACCGGUGCACCCAA